AUGGCCAAAAUCAACCCAUUAUUGUUUGCAAUAUUCAUCAUCAUCCUCAUUCCUAAUAUUUCUCUUUCCUGCCCUCAACAUCAGAAAGAAGCCCUUCUUCAAUUCAAAAUUUUAGCACUGAGAUACUUGUCCUCCCACAUUGAUUUUUUUAAACCCUUCGACACUUGGAACAACAAUUUCCAUGCAGAUUGUUGUCAGUGGAGCGGUGUCGCUUGCAGUUUCAUCACAGCUUCAAAACAGGUGGUGACUGGUCUUAAUCUAAAUUCAUUCAUUUCUGGUUCUAUUUCUGAAUAUGCAACUUGCAGUUUAGACUCGCACUCGCAAAAUAUUGUUCUCUCGUCUCAUGUUUUAACUCCGCUUUUUCAUGUGCGAACAUUGGAGUUUUUUUUCAUUUCUUGUAACAACAUACAAGGUGAAAUUUCAGGAAUUGGGCUUUCCAAUCUAACAGCACUUGUGGAACUUGAUAUGAGUCAUAAUAUGUUCAACGGUUCCAUUCCUCCUCAAUUGUUUUCUUUAAGGCAUCUGAAAUCCCUUAGUUUGGAUUUCAAUUUUUUCCAUGGAGAGAUUCCUGUGGAGAUUGGAAAUCUCACCAAUUUGCAAGAAUUGUCUCUAAGUAAUAACAAGCUUGCUGGAGCAAUUCCACCCGCAUUAUGCCGUUUGAAAAAGUUACAAGUUCUCCACUUGCAAUACAAUCUUUUCUCCAUGGCGAUUCCAGCUGUGAUAGGUAACCUUUCAGAUAUUUCAACUAUGCUCCUAAAUGACAACCAUUUGGCAGGAGAAAUUCCCCUGACAAUGCAAAAGAUGGGACAGUUGAUGCAGCUUAAUUUGGAAAAUAACUUGCUUAGUGGCGAGAUUCCAGCAUGGAUGUUCCAUUUCAGAAAUUUGGGCGAAUUAAAACUUGGGGGGAGCCAGUUUGUAUGGAAAAACACGAGUAUAGUACCCAAGAGCAUGCUAUCUGUCUUAUCUCUAAGAUCGUGCGGAGCCUCAGGGCUUCUUCCCCUUUGGCUUUCCAACCAAACUUCCCUUUCUUAUUUGGACUUGAGUGUCAAUAACCUCGUAGGAAACCUUCCUUCAUGGCUAACGAAACUAAAGCUCACUCAUCUGAUUUUAUCAGAUAACAAGUUUUCAGGUUCUCUGCCCCCCAUUUUGUUUCAAUCAAAGUUAAAAAAUAUUGACCUAUCACGCAAUAAUUUUUCAGGGAACUUGCCAGAUAACAUUCCCUACACUAUCUCUUUGGAGAUACUAAAGUUGUCUAGCAAUGAUUUCUCUGGACCAAUUCCCAUAUCCAUCUCAGAAGCAUUAUUCUUGAGGUUCCUUGACUUGUCAAAAAACAGAUUUUCAGGGAAUAAAUUCCCAAGUUUCGAGAAGCUGUUGUUUGUGGAUCUUUCCUCCAACAAACUGUCUGGUGGGAUUCCAUUAACUUUCUCUCCAUUGGUAGUAACUCUUGUACUAAGCCAUAAUCAGUUUUCUGGCGUCUUGCCUCAAUACCUAAAAGAUUUAUAUAAACUCCAAUGCCUUGACCUCCAUGAUAAUAAUAUCACAGGUAAUAUCCCUGCUUUCCUCUUCCAAAUUUCGUCUCUUCGAAUUUUAAAUCUCAGGAAUAAUUCUUUAGAAGGGUCCAUUCCAAACAAUUUGUCAAAUGCAACCCUUCUUCAAAUUCUUGAUCUCUCAAACAAUAAGUUAAGUGGAAAAGUGCCCUCCAGUCUUGGAAAUCUUAGCGCAGUGAUUCAUAAUUCUGAUGGCUCUUUUUUUAAUUUUUUCUCCCCUAAAUGCGAUGUAAACUACCGGCUGCCUGAUCCUUUGUUUAAAUUGCUGCAUCAAUCUUGGACAUCAAAACAAUUUGACUCUUUUUAUGAUUCCUGGUUGUGUACUUCUUUAAUCAUCUCGGUUGAGUAUCCUAACUUGGAAGUAAUUUGGAAAACAUCAAAGCGAGACCUUCCGCAACACCACCUUGAUAUGUAUACACUCUUAGAUCUAUCAAUGAAUCAACUGUCGGGUGAAAUUCCUCAUACUCUGGGAGGUCUCAAAAGUUUGAAGGUGUUAAACAUGUCCUACAACAAGAUUUCGGGCAAAAUACCAGCAACCUUGGGUGAUGUGGAUAGUCUGGAGAGUUUAGAUCUAUCACAUAACAAUCUUUCAGGAGAAAUACCAAACACAUUUGGGAAGCUCUUGCAAUUGGCUGUCUUAGAAUUGAAUAACAACAAGCUCACGGGUCACAUUCCAAAUGGUCCUCAAAUGGAUACGUUAAAUGAUCCAAAUUUCUAUGCUAACAACAGUGGAUUAUGUGGGAUGCAAAUUAAGGUACCAUGUGACCCGGAGGCACCACCAAAGGCUAAACCAGCUGAGAAAAGUGAGAGCAAGGAAGCAUGGUUCUCGUGGGAGAUGGCAGCAAUUGGAUUUCCCAGCGGGUUUCUGUCAACUGUGAUAUCUCUCUAUGUCAUUGGCUAUUUCAGUGUUGCACCAAGACGACCAGGAAGACGCCAUGUUUGA